CUUAAAAAUAUAUAUACAAUUGAAGUUUACAUUUUGUAAACUCUGUCAGAAUAAAAAUGUAAAAUACAUUCUUUUUUAACUAGGCCUUGUGCUUCCUCCCCCUGCAAAGUGUCAGUACCACUGUAAUCCGCUAGAUGGCAGCAAGUCUUUCAUCAGAGUGACUUUCGGCCAAUCCACGAAGAAGAAAAUGUCCUCCACUUCCGCCCCAGAAGUAAACAGGAAGUCAUCAAUGGACGUCCCAGCAGCCGCCGGCGGUGCUGUGCUGGCAAACAUGAGCGAUGUUGCCCAGACAGACUUCAUCUACUGCUGCGGAGCCAUCACUGAACUUCUACGAUGUGGUCCUAAACAUCUCAACUCUCAACACAAACUGCUGGUUCUUAUUAUUCCUGGUAACCCUGGGGUCCUUGGCUUCUACAGAACCUUCCUGCUAACGCUUUGGAGUCUCUUUGGCAACCACCACCCUGUGUGGGCUGUGAGUCAUGCCGGACACUGUGUGCCCCCCGCAUCCAUGGACAUGGUCCAAGAUGUCUCCUCAACAGACGUGUUUGGUCUUGAUGGGCAGAUAGAACACAAACUGUCUUUCCUCAGGAAGUAUGUCCCCAAGGACACCAAGCUGGUCCUAGUGGGACACUCCAUUGGUUGCUACAUCAUUUUGGAGAUCUUGAAGAGAGACCCCAGUCUCCAGGUUGUGAAGGCCGUCAUGCUUUUCCCCACCAUCGAACGCAUGGCCCUGACUCCUCAAGGGAAGGCCAUGACACCUUUACUCUGUCACCUGCGCUACAUGACCUACCUGCCCAUCUUUCUGCUCUCUCUGCUGCCUGAGGCGCUCAAAAGAAGUCUGGUCAACCUGGUUCUUGGUGGCCUUCGCUGUCGGGAUCAGUCCAUAGUCCAAGCAACUGUAGGCCUUCUCAGUGGAGACUGUGCAGCUAAUGCCGUGUACAUGGGGGGGCAGGAAAUGAGGAAGGUGCUGGAAAGAGAGACGACCAUCGAGAACAACCUUGAGAAGCUUCUAUUCUACUACGGGGCCACAGACCCCUGGUGUCCAGUGCAGUACUACCAGGAGAUGAAGGCGGACUUCCCAGCAGGAGAUUUCAGACUGUGUGAAAGAGGCUUCCGCCAUGCCUUCGUUCUGGACGCGGGGCGCCAAGUGGCUGAAAUGGUAGCUGGAUGGAUGAAGGCAGAUGUCAGGACGUGACAUGUGGAGUCUUCUUUGGUAUAAACAUUUCUGUUAUGAUGGAGACUGUGGCAAGAAAAAGUCAAUAGUACAGCAAGGAGAAUUCAAUUAGGAGAAGUCAAUAGUACACCUAGGAGAAGUCAAUAGUACAGCAAGGAAAAGUCAAUAGUACAGCAAGGAGAAUUCAAUAGUACAGCAAGGAGAAGUCAAUAGUAUACCUAGGAGAAGUCAAUAGUACACCAAGGAGAGGUCAAUAGUACAGCAAGGAGAAGUCAAUAGUAUACCUAGGAGAAGUCAAUAGUAUACCUAGGAGAAGUCAAUAGUACACCAAGGAGAGGUCAAUAGUACAGCAAGGAGAAGUCAAUAAGGAGACGUCAAUAGUACAGCAAGGAGAAGUCAAUAAGGAGAAGUCAAUAGUACAGCAAAGAGAAGUCAAUAAAGAGAAGUCAAUAGUACACCUAGGAGAAGUCAAUAGUACAGCAAGGAGAAGUCAAUGAGAAGUCAAUAGUACAGCAAGGAGAAGUCAAUAAGUUGAAGUCAAUAGUACAGCAAGGAGAAGUCAAUAAGGAGAAGUCAAUAGUACAACGAGGAGAAGCCAAUAGUACAGCAAGGAGAAGUCAAUGAGAAGUCAAUAAGGAGAAGUCAAUAAGUUGAAGUCAAUAGUACAGCAAGGAGAAGUCAAUAAGGAGAAGUCAAUAAGUUGAAGUCAAUAAGUUGAAGUCAAUAAGGAGAAGUCAAUAGUACAGCAAGGAGAAGUCAAUAAGGAGAAGUCAAUAAGUUGAAGUCAAUAAGUUGAAGUCAAUGAGAAGUCAAUAAGUUGAAGUCAAUAGUACAGCAAGGAGAAGUUAAUAAGGAGAAGUCAAUAAGGAGAAGUCAAUAAGUUGAAGUCAAUAGUACAGCAAGAAGUCAAUAAAGAGAAGUCAAUAAGUUGAAGUCAAUAAGGAGAAGUCAAUAAGGAGAAGUCAAUAGUACAGCAAGGAGAAGUCAAUAAGGAGAAGUCAAUAAGUUGAAGUCAAUAAGGAGAAGUCAAUAGUACAGCAAGGAGAAGUCAAUAAGGAGAAGUCAAUAAGUUGAAGUCGAUAAGUUGAAGUCAAUAGUACAGCAAGGAGAAGUUAAUAAGGAGAAGUCAAUAAGGAGAAGUCAAUAAGUUGAAGUCAAUAGUACAGCAUGGAGAAGUCAAUAAGGAGAAGUCAAUAAGGAGAAGUCAAUAAGUUGAAGUCAAUAAGGAGAAGUCAAUGAGAAGUCAAUAAGUUGAAGUCAAUAGUACAGCAAGGAGAAGUUAAUAAGGAGAAGUCAAUAAGGAGAAGUCAAUAAGGAGAAGUCAAUAAGGAGAAGUCAAUAGUACAGCAAGGAGAAGUCAAUAAGGAGAAGUCAAUAAGGAGAAGUCAAUAGUACAGCAGGUGUAAAAAGGUGACUAAGUAGUAAAUAGUGAAUUAAUUCCACAUAUUUUUUGACAGACUUUUGCUAACUUGGACUGUUUGAAGAACCUUCUAGUAGCGAUAGCACUUUCACCAACACCAUUGUUGCAACAUAACACUGCUACUGUGACUGUUGACCUAUUGACCUAUUGACCUAUUGACCUAUUGACCUAUUGACCUAUUGACCUGUCUGCCAGCACAGACUGUGAGCAAACAACAAGAUGACUCUUUUUGGAGUCAACAACAUGAAUUUGAUGUGCUCUGGUUGACACACUGAUACUGUUUCUGUUCACUUCAUACACUGAACUCUACUUCUUUCUUCAACUAUUAAUAUUGUAUUUGUUACUCAGCCGCUGUCUUAGUUCUAGUUUCUAUUACCAAACUUAGAGGUGUUGAAAUCACCACCUAAAAUUGGUAAUGCUAAUCUUAGCAUGUUUAUGCUCAAUCCAAUGCAAAUUAGCACCGAACUAGCAAGUUUUGAGAAGUGUCUUCGUCUUGCUUUGUUAACUUGGAAAAUUGUAACGUUACCCAGAUGUAGUCCGGCUGAGUGCUGGACUUCUGGUCUCCUGGCAAAGGACUUGAGCUAGCGCCCAGUUUGCAACCCGACGUGACGUCACAUGCAGCACAGGCUCUCUUUGAAUCGGUAACUCUUUGAACUAUUUUCUGAAAUUAGUUUAGGAUUCAAGAUUAAAAUAAUGUGUUGACCUAAAAAAUGAAAUCAUGGACUGUACUCUUAAAAGUGUAAACGUAGAAGAGUAGCAACAUGAAGUGAGUUGAGUAGAGCCUUCAGGAUGUCACCAUACCCAAGAGCUAUAUUUACAAUCAUGGUAAAAAGCCACUGGCAGAAAACAUCGGUCACACCCUGGAGUUCUUCCAGCUAAACUUUGUUCUCUGUCGUGGGAUGCCAGGUCAGGCUAUUGAAUGAGUAAAUACAAAUCCCAAAACCAUGUCCUACUUUUUUGUAUUUGCUUUGGAGAUAACAUUUUGCCCUACUGACUAAAUCCUUCCUUCGACUAUAUAACAAUUCUGACUGGGGAGGUUGUAAACCAGAAUUGUGUUGCCAAACUGCUGUAUAGGAAACUGUUGGUGUUAUUUCUAAAACUGUAACACCUGGACUGGGCGGAGUCAUCAGCGCACUUUUAUUGCCAACUAGCGUCUGGAGAAGAAUAGUUUUGCAUAAGAAGUCUUGUUGAUGCCAAGGAGCUCAGUUUGAGUCUCUUCUGGCCACAGAACAUUCUCCCGAGCCUUGUGUGGGCCAUUCAGGUGUUGGGUGUCAAAGUGCACCUGUGCCAUCUUGAGCAGGGCGACCUGGUGGGCACUGUAGGAUCUCACUCCAGUGUCUACUUCAUGCUAUUACUGUCAUGGGAAACACAGUUGCUGUUUCUUUACUGGUUUUUAUUGCAAACAUGAGAACCAACAUACACUUUAACAGUGUGCCCAAAAUGGACUCUGAAACCUUGCUCCUUACCCACCCCCACGGACACCCAGAAGGCAAUUCAUGGGGAAAAUGAAAACCUCCAAGGGUGCUUUACCAGCCGGCCGUAUCGGCUACAAUGUCUUUUUAUCAGAGGAGCGGGCAAAGCUUGUGGGGCAGAAGGCUCAAUCCUGACAGGUUUAGGAUGCCAACAAUGACGGGGGACUUGGCCCGGCAGCAGUUCCUCGCCUGCUACACUAUGUGCUGGCUUAAGCCUGUCCAAUGAAACAUGUUCCCUGCGCCUGCCUAUAUUUAGCACCAAACUUUUAGGAUCGCAUUCCAAAACCUAAAACAGGCCAUCGUAUGGAGGUUGGAAGGUAGAACGGUGGGCAUCGGGACGUACAAAAUCCAUCCGUCCAUCCAUUUUCUACCACUUGUCCCUCUCGGGGUCGGGAGGGGUGCUGGAGCCUAUCUCAGCUGCAUGCGGGUGGAAUGCGGGGUACACCCUGGACAAGUCGCCACCUCAUGGAAGGACCAACACAGACGGACAACAUUCACACUCACAUUAAUUCACUUUAGUGUUGCCAAUCAAACAGUCGAUCCAGCUGCCAUCUUAGAGUGCCGCACGCAACGCUGCUUUUAGCAACUUGAGGGUGGUAGGCUGUAGUGCGAUGCACCUGCACACCUAAGGACUGCGUCGAUGCUGACCAGAGCUCCGACACAAACUGGGUUCCCCUGUCUCAGGUUGUAUCAGACGCCGUGCCAAAACACGCAACCCAGCCUGACAGAAAUGCACGGGUAACGUCCACAGACGCUUUGGAGGACAGGGGAACCGCCUCUGGCCAUCUGGUGAUGCAAGUAGGUGCGUUAAACCCUGCGACGGAGAGAGGGUGCCAACCAAGUCCACGUGCACGUGGUCAAAUCGCCUGAUUAGAAUCUGAAACGGUUUGAGGAUGAACUUACUGUGCGGGUAGACCUUGGCGGGCUGACAUGCCAUGCACAUAGUUGCCCACUCUUACAUGGUUCCUCAGGCCACCCCAGACAAACAAGGCACCAACUAGAUUGACAGAUGCCAAACGCCAGGGUGUGAGAGGGAGUGGAUUGUGUCAAAACUACAGGCUGGGGGCGACCAGUGGAAACGCCAUAGAGGACAGUGGGACCAUCAUCUUGCACCACCACCUCCUCGAACUUGACGGCCGUACCCACGGUCUUAAAUGCGCGAAGGUCAGUGUUGGUCGCUGGUCAGCGGCCAUUCCCAACAAAUCUUUUCUGAGCUGCACUGGGCACACAAGCACGUGUGACAGACAGUCAGGCUCAAGGUUGUGUGUAGAACAGGGUAGCAGUCGGGCGUGGGGAUGUUGAGGUGGCAAAAAUCUCCACAAUGCCGCCAGGAACCGCCCGCCUUGGGUACCAUUUGCUAGGGCGAUGCCCAUGAGCUAUUACAACGCCUCACGAUGCUUAAACGCUCUAUACUAGCGAACUCUUCUUUAGCAAUGACCAAUUUGACCUCGUCAAGACGAAGCGUGUAAGCAAAAACUGGUAAGCCCAAUGUAAGAAUAAGAUGUUCAUCACCAUGUUUAGUGUCUGUGGUGGAAAAAGUGUGAGUGAUCGGCGAUGGAAAAUCAGCCAGCAAAUGCUGCAAAAUGUCACUAGAUGCUAAAUAAUUAUUAUGUGAUAACCGGCCAAGUCCCCCCCCAAAAAGUAGCAACAUCAACAAGCAGUCCAUUAGCACACCUGGUCAAUAAUGGGGACAGUGGUAGCGGUGGAUGCACACCUUCACCAAACUGGAGUCGAAAGUGUCGAUGGAUGAGCUGUGACCCGCACUCAGCUGUGACCCGCAGCCACUGGCCGCCUUGCCUCUGUCUGUAAGGGAAGUCUUAUGAACUGGUGUCCACCAAGAAACGUCUCCUUGAUGACGAGUCAGAAAUGAAGAGCAGCUCACUUUCUUGCUGCCAUGAAGGAGCCUGGAGGAACACAUCGCCGAGCUUGGACGCUGAACCAAUGAUGGAAGAGCACAGGCUCGCCUCGCCCUCUUUCCGUGUAGCGACUCACCACAGCCGCCGGGUCCACGUCUUCCAUUGUCGUUCAGGGAGAACCUACUGCUACACUCUGUACGGCCAACCGUCUGGAAGCCAAGCCCCGGUAGUCGCCGGAGGCUAGAGAAGCGGAGUGAGCCACAGACUGGAGGUGGAAGCUAACGCAGGAAAAUGUGCGGGAAAACGAACCCGCCCUCAUCUGAGCCCAGCAGCGACAUCUUAUUAGUUCCACAGCCCUUCUAUCGGCCAAAGCGGUCAGGGAAAGAAGUGUUUCUGCCCUCUCAGCGUCAGUCAGAGUGAAUCUUUGCAGCAGAAGCUGCUUGAGGGCCGCUGCCUUACAAGACCUGUGGUCGGCUGCUACCAACAUGUAUUACCAGUAGUCAUCGCCGGUGAUGGCUGCUACCAACAUGUAUUACCAGUAGUCAUCGCCGGGGAUUCCUCAUAAGUGGAAAAAGCAUCUUGAUGUGCUGAUACCCCGAAAAUGGAUGGCUCUGCCAGAACUCCGGAAGUUGGGACUCUAUUUUUUGGUUAAUGCAUCUUGUUGCAUCCCCGUGACUGUUUUUCACAACGUGAAUAGCCAGCAUGCCUUCUUGUUUUCCUUUCAUUUCAUUUCAAUGUUCUGGUGAAUCAAGAGCGCUUCCCUUUGGUUUUUGAAUGCACAGCAACGGUGUCAUUGCCUUCUAAGGCAACGCCACGCUGAGCAGUGGCAUGCUACUUACAGCUUUGGUGAAACUGAAACUCCUUUUUGUUUGACUCUUCCAUCUUUGUAAUAAGAUCCAUCCUGAGGACCAGCUGGCUCAACCUGCUCCGACUGUCUGCUGUGCCUUCAACACACAGGUCGGGAUGGGAAUCCAAAACCGGUUCUUCUUCAGGUUCCCAAAGUGUCAAUUCCUUGGAAUCGCUUGCCAUUUUUUCAAACGGUUCCUUCAACGAUUGCGUAGUGACGUCAGAUGGCAAAAUGCUGGCGGAACAAACACUAGUUUUACAAGAAAAGAUUACAACAGUUCUACCAAUUCCAAUUCCCCACUCUUCAAUUCUCCACAUCCUAAUGUGGAGAAAUCACUGCACAUAAGCCAUGAUAUUACACGUCUUGGAUCCCUCAGGCGCUACUGCAUCAAAAAGCCACAUCAGUGUGCAAAGGAUAUCACCACUUGGACUCAGGAACACUUCAGAAAACCACUGUCGGUAAAUACAGUUGGUCUCUACAUCUGUAAGUGCAAGUUAAAACUCUACUAUGCAAAGUCAAAGCCAUUUAUCAACAACACCCAGAAACGCCACCGGCUUCACUGGUCAGGGUAGUACACUCUUAUCCUAUUACCUAGCAUGACAUGAAGUUAUGUUACUUGCAAGGCUUAUUUGGAACAUAUUUGCCAAGUGGAGGGUGGUGAGGAAUGAUAAUAGACUGGUGGUGAGGAAUGAUAAUAGACUGGUGGUGAGGAAUGAUAAUAGACUGGUGGUGAGGAAUGGUAAUAGACUGGUGGUGAGGAAUGGUAAUAGACUGGUGGUGAGGAAUGGUAAUAGACUGGUGGUGAGGAAUGGUAAUAGACUGGUGUAUUGAUCCUUCUCUUGGCAGUACAAUCUUCAAGCGGCGCUGACAAGAGACAUGAUACAGUGAAUAAUACAGAGCCGCUUGCCAAUGUCAAAGUUGGGAAUAGAAUUGUCCAUUAAAGGAACGUUACACAACUCCGAUGAUUCAUGUCUUCAUGCAGCCUUGCACAAUUUCAUUUGGUCAAUAAAUGUUGCAAUAAUGUUUGGAGGCAAAACGUUCAACAAACACCACUUGAGGUGGGUAAUACUGCACAUUGGUCUGAUACCAAGUAGGUAGAGGGUCCCUUGUAUGACACACUAUCAGUUUGCGUGAAUUAAGUACACAAAGGCAACAACUACUAUUCCCAGAGUAAUAAACAGGAUCACCACAUAUAAAUACAACAAUAUCAACAAAAACAAAUCGUUAUUUGUGAAAACAAUCUGAAAAAGAAGACUUAAAAAACCUAUUUCCUGCUUGUAUCUACCUGAAACUAUUCCUACCCUGGAUGUUGGUAAAUAAUGAUAAAUACUAUCAAUACUUGGAUCCGUUUGUCGACGAGUACAUCCUGGAUCCAUCUCAACUUGAAAUUAGGAUUUCCUUUUUUC